CUAGUGAAAGCUAUAAAUUCGUCAACAGAUCCACAAGUAAACUCAUGGCUGCACGAAUAAAUCUGGAUUAAGUUAGUAGAUUACAGAACAUUAACAUCAAGUGAAUUAUUGAAGAUGAAUACGACGGAAUAUAUGCAUCUAAAUUAUUCCAUAUCAGCAACGAAUUCUACAUUUGAAUAUCUGAGAGAUAGAGUUACGAAAGGACACCCAAAAACAGUGACAGAUGACUUUAAUAAAUCAAUAAUUCUAGGAAGCCUAUUCUCAAUCGUCUCCAUUGGAUUUAUCAUUAAUGUUGCAGUAAUUUACGUCAUCGCCAGUGACCGGAAGUUGCACAAAGCACCAUUCUAUUUUCUAAUAUGCAACGCGGUGAUGGAUUUAUCAAAAACCGUCUUUUGCUUGCCGUUUGUCAUUGAAGCUGUUUUAUCAAAUUUUCAGUGGAUAUAUGACCAGAAAACUUGCACGGUUGUGGCAUUUUCGAAUUCAUUUUUCACCGUAUCUACGGUAAUAGGUCUACUUGCUAUCGUAAUUGACCGCUACCUAUCAGUAACUGCAGCCAGAUUCUACAGCAAAUGCUCUCACGGGCUUGUAAACCUUGCAGUAAUCAUUGUCGGUUGGGGCGUGGCUUUCUGUCUUUCAUUCCCGCCUAUAUUCGAGGACGGGGCAUAUCAGUUUCUUCCGAUUGAAAUGCAGUGUACAUUCUAUCAUAUGCCUUAUCGAGAAAAUGAAACACUUGGAUAUACGAUAUCUUUCGUCUGCCUGCUUUUGGUAAUCAUGUUCCUGUAUUGUCGUCUGCUUCUGUUUAUGAGAUCUCACCGCAGGAUGGCGCCACUAUAUCACGAACCCGCUAGAAGCAGUGACUGGGCUUUCUUUGGACCGGGUGCUAACGGACAGGCUCUGAUAAAUCUUUUAAAUGGGUUUGCUGGAGGACAGCCAAAUCAUUUAGCAGCAACAGCACGACAAAUUCAACAGAAUUUCGGAAGAGUAGUUAAUUUAAGAGUUAUCAAAAAUGAGCAUAUAACAAGACUCUUCUUCGCUACAAGUUUAACUUUUUUAUUGCUAUGGUCCUUAUAUCUGUUCCAAGUAUUCGUCAAAGUAUUCUGUGAUUCUGCCUUUCUUUCUGCGAAAUUUGUCUUGUGGGCAACAAUGUUGAGCUAUUGUCACGUGGCGGUGUGUCCGCUGGCUUGUCUUCUAUUCGGAAGUCCUUUGCGCACAUCCAUAUUUUCGCGACUGAGACGCUGGUGCGAGGAACGCAGUUAUACUGGUGUGUCACAGAAUGAACAGGAAAGCACAGAGCCAAGUAGUGUUAGAUGUAUUGAGCUUGCUGUUUGAAAAUGUAAAGAAACACAUGUUCUAAUGUCGAUAUAAACUGGUGUGUUGUGUAAAUGAAACGUAUAAAUGCAAAACUACAUAAUAGUAUAGACUGUAAGGUUAGCGCGAGGAGCGUUGAAAUACAAAAUGAAGUAAAGCGUCAGCGGUUCAUUUUCAGAUUUGUGCAAUAAGACAUGACAAAAGACUUUGUAAUGCAAAGCGAACCUAUUAAUUGUCUGCAUAGCUUUGAAAGAAAACUAACAAUAAUUUCAUUAAACACCGACCUACUACAGGUUGCCAAAAAUUUCGCUUGUUGACAACGCUCUUCACACAAAGCCAGCAUUGUCAUGAAUUAUAUGACAUGCAUUUGAACCAAGAAAAUAUAGUGUGCUGCACCGCAGGCCAUAUCCUGCUGAUUGAGGCUUUUUCCGUUCCAAAGUCUUAAGAAGUCUCUUUCCGGUCUCGGGCAAAAAUAUGUGCAAUAGAAACAUCUCUGAUCUUGAAUAUUCUGGUGUCUGAAACCCUGACUAGACUGAUCAAAUUAUGAAAUACGAUUUAUGAUCACAAUUAUGAAAUACGAUUGUCGGCCCGCAACGACAGUCGGUAAUUUCAGUACGGUUCCGUGUUCUCGUAUUUCAUUCUGGCACUACUCGGCCAUGCGAGCAAAUAGCUUUUCGUAACAACCGGAGAAUGCCAAAAAUUGCAUUAAGGGAACAUGUUGUCGGACGAAGUUACCGGUUUUAAUAACGGAACCACCACAAUAAGGAUUUGAAAAGGAUAUUGAAAUUAUACGUUUCAAUGAUAAUAAAUAAUUCAAGGGAAUCAGUGUAAUUCGCUAUACAGUUUGUAGUACAAAAAUAAACAUCGUUAUAGAAUUGUUAAAGCCUCGAUAGCCUAGUAAUUAUGUAUAAACUAAUUGUUAAAGCCGUGUUAAAAUACUGACAUGAUAAGUAGAUAGAUAUCCUGUAUUCAUAUAGUGCAAACAUUCCUUUGUGUGUGUAUACCAACUAAAACCACAUGUACUUUACUCACCA